ACUAAACUAAAAUAAAGGCGAUAAUGUAACCUUCUCUCUCUGUACACUUUCUUCAAUUCUCUCUUUAGUAGAAUAAAAUGCUUCUGUUGCCACAACCUUUAUCGAUUCGCUUCCCUUCAAUUCGUUUCACUUCUCCAACCCUACGGCACUACCUCAUAUUUCUGCCGCCAUUUUCAGCUACAAUCGCCAGCACUGUAACCGUCACUACCGCCACCAGUUCCGGUGAUUCUUCUUUCUCUUCCUCUUCUUCUUUUACUUCAAAAUCAAACGACGUUGACGAAGAAGACGAAGACGAAGACGACGUUUUAUCAUUUCAUAGAAAGAGCUACGACUUCACUCCCCUUCUCAAUUUCCUCUCAAAGAGAAGUAAUACUACUACGGACUCGGACUCUGACUCAGCAUCAUCGCCUACCUGGCUAGACCCAGCUGAGUUCCAACUCGCCGAGUCAUAUCGAGCUGUGCCGGCGCCACUCUGGCACUCGCUUUUAAAGAAUUUAUGUUCUUCCUCCUCUUCAGUUGAUUUAGCGUACGCCCUGGUUUCAUGGCUACAAAAACACAACCUUUGUUUCUCCUACGAACUGCUCUACUCAAUCCUCAUCCACGCGCUUGGGCGGUCAGAGAAACUCUACGAAGCGUUUCUACUCUCGCAGAGACAAAGUCUAACUCCACUGACAUACAACGCGCUUAUCGGUGCCUGUGCUCGCAACGACGACUUGGAAAAGGCCUUGAACUUGAUGUCUCGAAUGCGCCAAGACGGUUACCAAUGUGAUUUUAUAAACUACAGCUUGAUUAUUCAAUCACUCACGCGUACAAACAAGAUUGAUACUUCAAUUUUGCAGAAGCUUUAUAGAGAACUCGAAUGUGAUAAUAUUGAGCUUGAUGGACAAUUAAUUAAUGAUAUAAUUGUAGGUUUUGCAAAAGCCGGUGAUCCGAGCCGAGCUUUGCAGAUUUUAGGGAUGGGUCAAGCGAUUGGGCUGAGUCCUAAAAGUGGAACUCUGCUGUCUGUUAUAUCGGCGUUAGGGAAUUGUGGUAGGACUGUUGAGGCUGAGGCUGUUUUUGAGGAAAUGAAAGAGACUGGGUUGAAACUCAGAACUAAAGCUUAUAAUGCUAUUGUAAAAGGUUAUGUAAAAGGGGGUUCUUUGAAGGAUGCUGAAUUUGUAGUAUCUGAGAUGGAGAGAAGAGGCGUUUCGCCUGAUGAGUAUACUUAUAGUUUUCUGAUUGAUGCUUAUGCUAAUGCUGGUAGAUGGGAGAGUGCUAGAAUUCUGUUGAAAGAGAUGGAAGCUAGUAAUGUGCAACCGAAUACGUUUGUUUAUAGUAGGAUCUUAGCAGGGUAUCGUGAUAGAGGAGAAUGGCAAAAAACAUUUCAAGUUUUGAGAGAAAUGAAGAGUAAUGGAGUGGAACCUGAUAGGCAUUUUUAUAAUGUGAUGAUUGAUACUUUUGGGAAAUAUAAUUGUAUUGAUCAUGCAAUGACCACAUUUGAUAGGAUGUUAUCACAGGGGAUACAGCCUGACACUGUUACGUGGAAUACGCUUAUAGAUUGUCAUUUUAAGUCAGGGAGAUAUGAUAGAGCAGAGGAGUUGUUUUAGGAAAUGCAGGACAGGGGGUUCUCGCCUUGUGCCACAACUUAUAAUAUCAUGAUUAAUUUGUUGGGAGAGCGGGAGAGAUGGGAGGAUGUGAAGAGAUUGUUGGGGAAGAUGCAGGGUCAGGGUUUAUUGCCUAAUGUUGUGACGUACACGACCCUUGUUGAUAUUUAUGGACAGUCAGGGAGAUUUGAGGAUGCAAUAGAGUGCUUGGAGGUGAUGAAGUCUGCAGGGUUGAAACCAUCCUCAACCAUGUACAAUGCGUUAAUAAACGCCUAUGCACAGAGGGGCUUAUCAGAUCAAGCAGUAAAUGCAUUUAGAGCCAUGAGAGCAGAUGGCCUAAAGCCUAGUAUUUUAGCUCUCAAUUCAUUAAUUAAUGCAUUUGGUCAGGAUGAAAGGGAUGUUGAAGCUUUUGCUGUGUUACAGUACAUGAAGGAGAACGAUUUAAAACCAGACGUGGUUACGUACACUACACUAAUGAAAGCUCUGGUUCGUGUUGAUAAGUUUAAUAAGGUUCCCGCUGUGUAUGAAGAAAUGAUCAUGUCUGGGUGCACUCCAGAUCGGAAAGCGAGAGCAAUGUUACGAUCUGCACUGAGAUACAUGAAGCAGACACUGAAAUCAUAGUUGCAAGUGGCAAUCAUCCAUUCAAAGCAAACUACGGCAUUACAUGUCACGUUUGGAAUAGUCAGUUAUCAACUCAAGGGCAAUUGCCACAGUCCUUGGCUUAUACAUGAAGAUGUUGCAAUUUCAGUUAGCGGAUGCGAGAUACAUCUUGCUUUAUCAGAAAUUCUCAUCCUCUGGUCCAAAUGGUUUACAGGAAGUAUUGGUUUGUGCCAUACCAAGGCCAUCCUCAGAGAAAAGGAAGGAUGACUCAGAUAGCAAUGUUACGAUGUUCAGUCGUGUAUAACUGAAGACAUACUAGUUCCCAAGAUCAAAAGUACAUUACCUGAAGGAAUCCACACUCACAAACUUGCAAAUUAGGUUGUAUGGUAAAGUUUUUUUCUUCCUAAAAUUUUCUUCCACGAGAACCGAAGAAA